AUGGCAACGAACUCUAUCAAGCUGCUGACUGGCAAUUCCCAUCCUGAGUUGGCGAAACUGGUUGCUGAUAGGCUGCAAAUCGAGUUGACCAAAGUGCUUGUCCUGCAAUACUCGAACAACGAAACUUCUGUCACAAUUGGCGAGAGUGUCCGAGACGAAGAUGUCUUCAUACUACAGAGUACUGCACCUGGCGACAUCAACGACGGCCUCAUGGAGCUCCUCAUAAUGAUAAAUGCCUGCAAGACCGCUUCAGCUCGUCGAAUCACAGCGGUCAUUCCCAAAAGCUCAUGGCGAACAUGCUACAGACAGCAGGCUGGUUUCUUCAAUGUACCGGUCGACAACUUGUAUGCCGAGCCAAGUUAUCUCCGUUGGAUCCGAGAAAAUGUCGACGUCCGCAAAGCAGUGAUCGUGUCUCCAGAUGCUGGAGGAGCCAAGAGAGCGACGAGCUUGGCUGAUAGGCUUGAUUUGAACUUCGCUUUGAUCCAUAAGGAGCGUAGCCGACCGUAA